CUCAGCCCGCCGUCCUCUUGUUCAAACAGCCGACUUCUCCCUCUUUCUUCUUUUCUUUUCUUCUUCUUACGCACGUCCUAUUGUCGCAGUCGCGCAACUACCCCCGCCACCUUGUUGUGCUUUAACGCCCCUGUUCCUAGUCUCAUUUAUUAGGCCGCCCGCCUCGCCUGCUUUGCGAAUAGCCCCCACUACACCGACACGAUUUUUUCUACGCCUCACUCUCAAAUGGACGCCACUCUCCUCGAGCACCCUCGCAGCCCCAACUUCAUGGAGACCCCCUUCGCUUACGACUCUCUCUCCACCCUUGACUACCUCCAGUACCCGCAGGAAUCGCCCUACGGUGUACCCAUGGCCCUGCCCGGCCCGUCCUCCUCGUCCCCUCGUCUGGACUUCAACUCGCUCAACCUCACCCAGCCGAUGCCUGGCGAGUACUCGUACUCGAGCGGUUCUUACACCACCGCUUCUCCGGGCCGUCCUUUCACUCCCCCGGACAACGGCAUCGCUCCCCCCUCGCUGUACAACUUGAGCGGAGCUGAGCUUUCCUCCGACGCCCUCUCUUCGGGCCGCCGCAGCCGCGGCAGUGGCACGCAGUCCCCUGCCUCUGUCAACAGCAUCCCCUACGAUGCUACCGUGCCGCGCUCCCACCGCUUCAACCCCAUCGCGGUGCCCGCUACCCGCCCCUCCGUCAAGGCUACGAGGAGAAAGUCCCGCAACGACUCUGAUGACGAGGACGAGGACUUCCAGCCUCUCCCGCCCACUUCCAACAACGCUGACCAGCGCCGCGAGACCAUCCGUCGCCAGCGUAUCGAGUCGGAGCAGCGCAGGAGGGACGAGCUCAGGGACGGCUACCGCCGCCUCAAGGAUGCUCUCCCCGUCUCCAACCAGAAGAGUAGCAAGGUUUCACUCCUUGAUCGCGCUACCACGCACGUCAAGUACCUGGAGAUGACCGCCCAACAGCUCCAAGUCCGUCUUCAGCAGGCUGAGAACGAGGUUCAGCGUCUCCGCAGCGUCAACGAGGCUCUGAUGCUCGGCACCGCGGAGCAGCGUCACGCCGCUGCUGCUGCCGCUGUUGCCGCAGCCUCUCAGCAGUCCCAGCCCUCCUUUUAGAUGCUCGGUCGCUCGCUGAACAGCACACCUCAAAAACCAUCGCAUCGUCGGUAACAUUAUUCGCACUGUAUUUACGCAAGACUAGGACCCCACGCAGGACUGCAGGUCACACGUACAAUGGACACUCGCAUCGCAUUUUUUUCAUUUUUCUUAUUCACGUCACCCUCUCAUCUCUCCGCGCGCGUAGACCGAUGGGUUUAGCGUUGGAAGUGUACCUUGGAGAGGUUUUUCCCGAGUUUCUGCGGCCGCGCCGCUCACCCCCGCACUUGCGGCCACCCCUUGUAGGAGUGGCUACUAUGCGACUGUGGAGUUCUCUAGGUCCCAAGAUGUCGAUUUGGAUACUCGAUUUGGAGGUUGACGUCGAGGCGCAGCCACGACGCAAGACACGCGGCUAGGCUUGAGGCGCUCUGGUCGUGACCUCCUUGAGAGGUUGCGCGCUGCUUCGCCCCGCGUGCGCAUCUUGUUUUAGACUGGCUGCACGUCUCGCUCCUUCCCCUCAUCCAUUCAUCCAUCGCACGCUCGAGGCGAACGACCACUUAGAUGUGGUUACGUGCCUCGCGUGGCCAACACACCGGUAACAUCAACGCCAUUGAUCUCGUUACUCGCCACUCCCUCGCUCGGAUGCACAGAAGACGACAGGACGCUUCUGGCCUUCGCCGCACAUCUGCAAUAUUUCUGGCAUUUUAUUUCAAUUCACGCGUAUCGUUACGAAUCGGACGAUUGAUCACCGCCCUGUUCACGACACCCACGUCUCCUCAUUCUCCCUAUCUCCCCCCGACGAGUCCCACCGCAGGGUUUGGCAAGCACACCUGCGGGCUGAUGGUCGGCCAUGCACUCCGCCGACAUGGUAUGUCCGCGCAGCUAUGCGAGCGACUGCCGGUUCUCGCUGAGGUACCAAGUGUUGGCGUGGGGCUUACGACGAUCAUUAUGUCUUCCUUCGACAGGGCUUCCGGUUCUUCGUCUCGCAUCACUGACGUGUUCGGCGGAUCGCUCACGUCUCUCCACCACUUCGCUAGUCGAUUUGGUUGUUGAUGAUCGAUGUUGGAGCUCGCCUUACGUGUCAGCUGAAGCCUGACUUCGAACUCGGACCGGCACCCACGGUGCUUGUCUGCCUCGCUUGCGAGGUCGGAGGCUUCGUCACGGUGGACUAAACGAUCUGUUUACGCCUUUACGCCCUGGUUUCAUACACUACGUACUCUCGCCUUUCGCAUACUACGCCUGCCAUCGGCGCUCGUCCGCAUCCACACUACUCACAUCUAUCGUUCUGAUCCUCGCUAUCUCUGACUGGCCUGUAGUCGUUUCAUUUCUGUUUUUUGUUGUUGUAGGUAGAGUGUACACGUCCGGGAUUGACUGUCGCUGGCUUUCCUACUAUGUAGAUGUAGCCCUUGCUAUCUUGCAACGAAUGAAGCGCCUUGCUCUAUCUGAUCUUUCC